CUCAGCCAGACAUGAAGAUGUACAACUGGUGUCCCACUUGGCUCACCCUCGUCCUGGCAGCAACCGCCCUUAGAUCCUUCAUGGAGCAUAGACCUUCGAUGACCUCCCAUCUCCAUUGUCCUCUGAAGUCAAAUAGUAUGGUUGGAAUUCAUCAAUGUUUCUGCAAUCCAUUGUAUCCACCGUAUAAGGGAUUGGCCUAGACAGUUUCACCAGAGCCCUGUUAGUGGGACUUACCCGGGUCCAUCUCUCGCGACGGGGGACGUGUGGUUGGACUUUGAGAGGCGAAGUAUAUGUACUUUCAUAAUAAAUUUAUUUUGAACUUCAAGGCACUGCCCUUUGAGCACAUCCUCGAUGGCUUUGUUGGUGACAGAAAUGCCGCAGCGCCAAGUUAAUGUUGAGACCGUAAAGCCCGUCUCUCCCUGCACCCCAGGUGAAUGUAGCAGUCUACAGACUAAUUGUUGGUAAAUGGGAUUUGACUAGAGGUAAUGGCGAAGCUGCACCAGGACUGUGAUCUGGUGUCGGAGAUAAAGCGGGAGAGGGAUGAAUGCCUACAGAAGAUCAGAGCGAUGAGAAACACCUCAGUCUCAGGAUGCCGGAUGGUCUGGGAAUAUGGGCUGUGCUGGCCCAGUGCCGAGCAUGGAGAGACUGUCAGCGUGUCCUGCCCAAAAGUCUUCCUGCAGUUCAGUCCUGUUCUAGGGGUGCUCAAUAGAAAUUGUACCAGUGAAGGAUGGUCAAGCGCACUGCCACCAGGCAUAAUUUUUUGUAUGACGAAUGAGACAACACAAAAUGGAGAGGUCUCGUACUUCAGUACAAUACGGGUAAUCUACACCGUGGGCUACAGUCUGUCUCUCAUUGUGCUUACCAUCGCUGUGGUCAUUUUAUUGGUCUUCCGGAAUCUACGUUGCAUGCGGAAUUACAUCCACAUCCAUCUGUUUAUCACCUUCAUCCUGCGGAGUUUAUCUGCGAUGAUCAAAGAUGCCGUUCUCUUUGACAAUGAUGACAUUGACCACUGUAACUUCUCUACGGUGGGAUGUAAGAUUGCCGUGGUGUUCUGCUAUUUCUCCACGAUGACGACUUACUUCUGGCAGCUGGUGGAGGGUCUGUAUCUCAACUCACUGCUACUGGCUUCCUACUCCAACGUUCGGAGUUCCAUCUGGUGGUGGAGCCUGCUCGGGUGGGGUGUUCCAUCUAUCUGCACGCUUGCCUGGGUAAUUACCAAAAUCCAGUUUGAGAACACUGAGUGCUGGGAUAUUAUAGAUGACUCCUCCUACUGGUGGAUUAUCAAAGGACUGAUUGUCGCCUCUAUUGCUAUCAAUUUUCUACUUUUUCUGAACAUCGUCAGAAUCUUGGUCCAAAAGCUAUUCCCAGGGGAGAUGCACUUUGCCAAUUCCUCGCAGUACAGGCAGCUGACAAAGUCCACGUUGCUUCUCACUCCUUUGUUUGGGAUCCACUACAUCAUCUGUGCCUUCCCGCCACACGGGGCCGUGCUGUAUAUUCAGCUGUACCUUGAGCUCUGCAUCGGGUCAUUUCAGGGUUUGACAGUGGGAAUCCUGUACUGCUUCCUGAAUCGGGAGGUACAGACCGAAAUAUACCGGAGGUGGCUGAGGAGACAGAUGGACAGUUAUGUGGGCGUGCCUGUUAUCGGAAAGAGCCUGAUGGAUACGUCCUGCUGAACUCCGUGCUGAAGAUCAAAGCAAAUCCCCCGUCAAUCCCAUGUUACAUAUCUCAGCAACUUAUUCUCCCUACUUCAGACAGAAUCUGUGCCCCACCUCUCUCCACACAACAGCCAGAACGACAAUUGUUUUAAAACCCCCUCCCUGGUGCUUUUGUGCAAGGAAGUACGUACUGUAUCUCACUGAGGUGGACCUAAUGUCACAAGGUGAAACGUCGAAACUGGCUGGUCCGUCUCUGUCUGAACACACCCUGUUGUGGAGAAGCUGUCCAGAGCACAUCUCCCCAUUUCCCUGAGGAUCCCACGUGAGGGAGGCAUAAAACCAUUGUAGCCCUCUCUGAUGAGAUGGUCCAAGUUAAAAAUGAGCGUGGCUGGUAUUUUGACGUGACCCUGGUUGUGGAGGGGGACACUCUUUGGUAUCACGGCACCUACCGGAGGAGUACUUUUCUUCUUUCUCGUAGGAGAUGUAGGUAUCCAACUGAGGCACAUGAAGAGCGUACCACCAGCAGUGCAGCUGUAACCAGAGGAAUUCCUCAGCCACUGGAUAAACAACGGGAAGAACCUGCUAUGCCUCACAGCAGCGUCAAGGAGUUCUUUGUGUCCACGUGGUCAACUGAGUCUGUGAGAUGCAGUGUACAGUAUAUUCCCCAAGGGUGUCCCUCCAGCCUUGGGGAAUGUGCCCGUGGAUUCCGGGCGAGAGUUCCCUCUUCUUGAGGGAUGUUGUGGAGUGGAGGGAAAGGGGCACAAAUACCCAAAUGAAGACUCUUAGAAUUUCCAAAGAUAUUUAUCAAAUGACUCUAAUAAUAUAUAUGCACAGCAGAAAUUAAUAUUACAUUUGCUAUGUGUUUGUAAAAUAACAAAUAUAUACUUUUUUACACUGCAACAAGCUUUUACAAAGUU